CUUUAACCUUGCUUACCUUAACCUGCUGAGAAGUGAACUUUGAACUUGGGCCUGCUUCGCAGUCUUGAGAAGCAACCGAGUGAGUCUUCACAUUUCUUAUUGAAGAUGAGUGAGAACAUGUUCCAAGAGGGUCUGUACCAGGUGUUCUUCAAAGAGCGCCCACAGACGAGGCUCACUGAGCAGCAGAACCUGCACCACGCCAGGAUUCAUCGUUGGUUCUCUUCAGUGGUCAACACCAGGCUGCUGGUCAGCGGGGUGGUGCAGUUCUUGAGCGGCGCCGUCUGCGUGUUGACCGCCGUGUGCCAUGCAUGCGUAAGCUACGACUGCUCCGUUGCCAUGACGAUGCCGGUGUGGUCCAGCAUCCUUUUCAUGGCUGCUGGAUGUGUGGCAGUAGAAGUUCAGAGGAAGGCCAAUAAACUCAAGAUCAUUAUCCUUUUGAGUGUUCACCUCCUCUGCUUGCUGAUUGGUUCUAGCCUGCUGUUAGGGUACUGCAUCUCGUCUCAGCGGCCACCUACGCUCAAUACAAGAAAACAACUUGUCGGCUCAUACCUGGCUAAGGGCAGUGCAGUAGCGUUCACUUUGCUGUGUCUGAUACUGUCCCUCUAUAUCGUCUUGUUGUCGUGGAGAGGCCUCCAGCGCUACGGGAGUACGACAGCCCAUGUUCGUGGGUAUGACCGUGUCUCACAGGAACCAGAUGGAGACACUGGGCCUUUACUGGAGCUCGUGGACUCAGUGUGAUGGUCGAUCUGUUCGUCCGUCCGACCAUCCAUCCCAUCUCAAGUUGUUGUCUUUGCACAUUUUGUGUUUUUCAAUAAGUCACUUUCUAACAUUGUGCACAUAAUACAGUAAUAUCAUAAUUAAGUCGAAUAUAAAGAAUUUAACAACCUGUGCAUCAUUGUAAAAAACAAACAAA